UAGACUGUUGCUGCUUACACGUGCCAGUAGUCUCGAACUGCAUUCGGUAGCUUCGUUCUAGACGUUCUAGCUCGAUCUUCGCAACUGCCGUCGCUUCAAAGUCCAUAUUGAGGCCCGUCAGGGCGCUUACGUGUAUCACUUCAAUAUAGAAGUCACUGGUCAAAAUGAGUGGCGCGACAACGAGCCCGCUCGCUAAAUACAAGCUGGUCUUCCUGGGAGACCAGUCUGUGGGCAAGACCUCCAUCAUCACCCGAUUCAUGUAUGACAAGUUCGAUAACACGUACCAGGCCACCAUCGGUAUUGACUUCCUGUCAAAGACCAUGUACCUUGAGGACCGCACUGUGCGCCUGCAGCUCUGGGACACGGCCGGGCAGGAGCGCUUCCGGUCUUUGAUACCUAGCUACAUCCGCGACUCGUCGGUCGCGGUGGUUGUCUACGACAUCACGAACCGGCAGUCGUUCCUCAACACGGCCCGGUGGAUCCAGGAGGUGCGCACGGAGCGCGGCAAUGACGUCAUCAUCUUCCUCGUGGGCAACAAGACUGACCUUAUUGACAAGAGGCAAGUGUCCAUUGAGGAGGGCGACGCAAAGGCGCGGGAGCUGAACGUGAACUUCAUUGAGACCAGCGCGAAGGCUGGCCUCAACAUCAAGGCGCUCUUCCGGAAAAUCGCGGCGGCGCUGCCGGGCAUGGAGUCGGUGACGCAAAACAAGCAGGAGCAGAUGGAGGAGGUCAAGCUGACCACCUCCACCGUCACGCUAGACUCAAAGCCGCCGCCACCACCCGCCACCUGCUCGUGCUGAUGGCAGCGGCGCUGGCUGGGCGUGGGCGCGGAGGCGGAAGCGGACAUGGAGGAGGAGCGGCGGAUGGCAGCAGCGGCGUGACGGGGCGGCAGGUGCCAGGGUGUUGCCAGCGGCACGUGAAGCCUUGGCCAGAGGGCGGCGAGGCAGGCUAGCAGCCAAUGGGCUGCCAAGCGGGGCUGGUGUGCUGCAUGGUGCAGGCACAAGGAGGGCGCCAGUGCUGGCCGCAGCUGCAGAGGGCGCGGCGAGCAGCCGCCUGUGCGCUUUGAUACCUUUCGGGGGUCAUGGGCGUGGAAAUGCGGGCGGGGGCUGCGGGGGCUGGGGCGGGCGGGCGCCAACGCGCCCGCCGUAUGCAUGAGAAUCGCGGUGAGGAGCAGGCGGUUGCUGCAGGGCAUGUAUGGGACUGGGGCGGAUGAAAGCUCGCUUGUGCGGUACAGUCGGUAGCCACAGGUGUGGAAAGGGUAGGCGGCCCUGGGUGUUGGAGCUUGGGCAUUACACCUAUUGGGGGAGGCAUCUAGAUCAUAAACGUAAACCGUGGCUUUGGCGUUGAAUCUGUGGCCUCACAUGGACGGUAGAAUGCGGGCAAAGGGAUAAGUUAGGGAGGCUACACAAGUAGUUAAACUGUGGGGGGGGCCCUCGAUAAGCUGAGCCGAGUGCAUGCAUGGGCCUUUCACGUGUCUGGCUGUAUCAGUGGCAGUCGGGGCCCAUGGCAUCCGAGAGGAGUGAGAUGAUGAAGAGAGACACGGCGAGCAAGCAGUCCUCUGUGUUGAGGAGCGAGCUAGGGAGGUGUCGCGGCCGAGGUGCACGUGCACCUGAGUGGUCGUGGCGUCAAGACACGGCAUGUAACGGAGCAUUGAC